CAGCUUCACUUUCUAAGCCGGUCAGCAGCGAGCGUCUACAUCUCAUCUUUCACUUCAUCUUCAGCCAAGCCUAACCUUGUCAAAAAUGAGCUUCAGAACCUCCAACAUCCAGCAGAUACCUUCAACAAGGAUCUCCCUAACCCGCUCCACACCCCAGUACCGUGCUGCCAGCAUUUAUGGUGGUGCUGGUGGACAAGGUACCCGCAUCUCCUCCGCCUCUGCAUCUUCCCUGCGUUCUGGUGCUCCGAUUGUAUCUUCCUCAAGUGCCUUCAGGCUGAGCAGUGGAAUGGGUGGUGGCAUGGGCGCAGGCUUUGGUGGUGCCGGCCUGGCUGCUACAGCUAGUGGUAAUGCCGGUUCUGGGAUCCUGGGCAAUGAGAAGGGGGCCAUGCAGAACCUGAAUGACCGUCUGGCCAAUUACCUGGAGACAGUGAGGAACCUGGAACAAGCCAACAAGGAGCUGGAGGUGAAAAUCAGGGAAGCCUUGGAGAAAGGGGGUCCUGACAUGAGAGACUACAGCAAAUAUGAGCCCAUCAUAGAUGAUCUACGCAAACAGAUCUUUGAUAAGAUUGCAGAGAACGCUCACUAUGUGCUCCAGAUUGACAACGCCCGUCUCGCUGUUGAUGACUUCAAAGUGAAGUUUGACAAUGAGAUGGCGAUUCGCCAGUCUGUGGAGGCCGACAUUGCCGGGCUGAAGAAAGUCUUAGAUGAAACCAACAUGAGCAGGAUAAACAUCGAGAAUGAGUUGGAAGCUGUGAAAGAGGAGCUUCUGUUCUUGAAGAAGAACCAUGAAAAUGAGGUGAUGGAGAUGAGGAAUCAGAUCUCCCAGUCAGGUGUGCAAGUGGAUGUAGACGCUCCCAAAGGUCAGGACUUGUCCCAGAUCAUGGAGGACAUGAGAGCCAACUAUGAGAAGAUCGCUAUGCAGAAUGCAGAUGACCUAAAACGCUGGCAUGAAAAUCAGAUUGCAGAUGUGCAGGUGCAGGUAUCACAGAACACAGAAGCACUUCAGGGGGCCCAGAUGGAGAAGACUGACUUAUCCAGACAGAUUCAGACCCUGGAAAUUGAACUUGCAUCUCAACAGAGUCUAAAAGCCUCUUUAGAAGACACUUUGCACAACACAGAGCUACGUAACAACAUGGAAACUGAGAAGUACAAUGGCAUCAUUGUCCGCCUGGAAGAAGAACUGACCAACCUGCGUGCAAACAUCCAGCAUCAGACCCAGGAGUACGAGGCGCUGCUCAACAUGAAGAUGAAACUUGAGGCAGAGAUUAGCACUUACAAGAGUCUACUGGAUGGUGGAGACUUCAGGCUCCAGGAUGCAUUGGAUGAGCUAGCAGCCAAAAGCUAAUUUGGAACAAAGAAGCCAGAGCCAUCCAGCUUGUCCAACCAGCAAGUCAUUUUUACUCCAAGACCACGUACCAUGUAAACCAAAAAGAAUUCAAAAUACUCAAUAAAGGCGUACAAAACCACAAUGAAAGCAAACUUAAAAAAAAAAAAACUGUUGCCUGACCUGAAAAAAAUAAAUAAGGCCAACUGUUGGCACACACUCA